GUGUGUGUGUGUGUGUGUGUGUGAAUUUGCGAGGGAAACGUAUAACAAUGAAGGUGGUUUUGAUUUUUCAUUAUUAGGAAAGGACUCCCUAAAAACAAACACACAUACAAACUAUAAAUUAAAUCCCUUUGUUUCCCUCUUUUUCAUAAUAUCCAUAUUUCUUAUCAUGCCCACUGCUAUCAGCUCAUAUUCACUGAUUAUCAAAAACGCAACCGUUAUUUCAUUUGAAAAAUUUGACCAAAAGACAUUAUAUAUCGUUCAUGUCGAAUCACAACAAGGACACAAGUAUACAAUUGCUAAACGAUAUGAAGACUUUAUCCAAUUCUCUCAAAAGUUACAAGACCAAUUCAGUAACGUUCGCGGUCUACCAUCCAAAAUCAAACAUAAGCUACAUUUACUUGUCAAAAAUAAAUAUAUUCAUGCUCAACGCGCUGAAGAACUCAACCAUUUCCUUGAAGCUCUCUUUUCCAAAACUACACUACCCAUUAUCACUCACUCAGUCAUAGUCCGAGAAUUCUUUUAUUUCCAACAACCUCAGGAGGAGAGUCAUAAUGAAAAUACCUUUAGUAGUCGUUGGAAAAGAUUACGAUCUACUUCCUUCUUAUCUCGUUCAAAUCAUUCCAGUCCUCGUCCAGAACCUUCUUGCUCUACUCUCUUACCUCAAGUGAAAAGAUCGGGUAUGCGAAAGAGUCAGUCAACUGCCUGUUUGCUCAUAAAGGACACAAUCAAGAUCAAGGUGAUAUACGAUAUGGAUAAUAUCAUUGUGAUUCAAGUGCCUCGUUCUAUUGCUCUCAACGAAUUACGCUCACGAAUUCUUCAGAAAUUCUCUGAUUCAGUGGGAUCCAAGGCCGUCCAAGAUGAUAUUCUCCUCUUAUUUUAUGACACAACCAUCAGCAGUGCAAGUACAUUCAGUUCAACCUCGAUGGACCUGCUAGCAGCCACAGUAAUUGCCAAAGAAAAAGAUUUGAUAUCUUUAAUGAAAACAAAAUGGAAUCAUUUGGAAAAGAUCACACUUCGUUGCAUCAUGUAGUAUUAUUAUUUUGUUCAUAUGUAGAUUAUUUAUACCAUUUACCCCCCUCUUAUCCCCCUUAAAUAAUAAAAUAUCACACACACAGAGUCAGAAGUUCACUCAC